GCCGCAGCAGCCAGUUUAAUCACCAGACCACGCUUUACUAUUUUGGAUAUACGUUUUAAUUUAUUUUUUUCUUCUUUUUAUAGUCUUCAAUGUGGUGUUUGUGAAAGAAUAACCGACUAUGAGGACCUAUAUAUAAAGUAGUUUAUUUGUGAACGUUUUAUUUCAGUAUACCGACUCGUCCCAAACUUUCUGUAUUCGUCUUGACCGCGCGGAGGACUCGAACAUGUCUCGAGACCCAGAAGAAGUGAGUAAGCUGACCGAAAGCACGUACAAGAAUGUUAUGGAACAGUUCAACCCGGGUCUGCGCAACCUGGUCAACCUUGGAAAGAGCUACGAGAAGUCUGUCAUGGCUAUGACCCUGGCUGGAAAGAUGUACUUUGAUGCCGUUUCUAAGAUCGGAGAGAAUGCUGCAGUAUCUCCAGUGUCUAGAGAAUUAGGAGUUGUGCUGACGGAGAUCUCCGAAACCCACCGGAAGGUUCUACUAGAGAUGGAGGAGAAUUUCAGACGCUUUCAUCGGGAGAUCAUUUCUGAGCUGGACAAGAAAACGGACAUGGAUGUAAAAUACAUGACGGCCACGUUCAAACGGUAUCAGACAGAGCACAAGAUAAAGCAGGACUCGCUGGAGAGGUCCCAUGCUGAUCUGAAAAAACUGAAGAGGAAGAGCCAGGGGAAGAACGCGAUAAAGUACGAGAGCAAAGAGAACGAGUGUCUGGAGACCCUCACACAACGUCAGACGGACAUGCAGAAGUUUAUUGCAGAUGGCUGUAGGGAGGCGCUGCUGGAGGAAAAGAGGAGGUUCUGCUUCCUGGUGGACAAACAUUGCAUUUUUACCUACCAGUUUGCAGCUUUCCAUGAAAAGGCAAAGAGCAUACUAUCAGGUAAGAUGUCUACCUGGGAGGAUAAAUGUGCCGAUAUUAGCGAUGUUCCUGAGAGUGUGAUGUCAAUGAUAGAGGGUAUGUGCACUCCAGUGUCCAUUACCCCCCAGGCCUCUCCGGCUCUGAAGCGCCACAGCAGGAACAAUUCUAUAGUAAUGGUUCCUCCUCCUGCACCUCCAAUUAAGGCUACAGUAAGUCCACUAGCGAACAUGUUCAACCCAGAGCCACCCCAGCAAGAGACCGUAUCAGUGGCAGAUCGGAACCAUGAAGACAACUCCAUGGUCCGGUCCCUGUCGGUGGCUACGGGGCUGAACAACGCAGGCAAAAGGCCACGCGUCAAGACCAUCUUCCCUCACAAAUCCGGCAAUAACAAGACCUUGCUGAGCUUCGACGAUGGGGACAUUAUCACCCUGCUCAUCCCUGAUGAGAGGGACGGCUGGCUGUACGGAGAGCUGGAGAAGACCAGACAGAGGGGCUGGUUUCCAUCCUCCUACUGCCGUCCAUAUGUAGAACCCCUGGUUAAUAACAGCACUUUUGUGGGGAAUCCUUCACUUCGCAGUAAGAGCAUAGCCAACCUGGUACAGCAGGAUGCCAAUGAGGAUACGAUGGUGCUGCCUCCUCCCGACUACACCGACUCGCCCAUGAGAAGGAACUCCACCAGGUCCAUGACGCACACAUACGUGCCUCCAUCUGAUAACACGGUUUCCCAGUCCAAUGGAAUUUCAAAGCCACCAUUCUUGGAAGGAGGAAACCCGUUCGCUACGGUAAAGCUGCGACCCACAGUUACCAACGACAGAUCAGCUCCUAUGGUCUGAUUCAAUCAGCAGCCGCUCUGCUCCAUCGCAGAAAAAAAAUCACAUCCAUCCUGCUGUGGGCAGCAAAAGACCUCUAACUGUAAAUGACUUCUCGCCGGGACGUCUCUAGACCACGGUGGAUUUGGAUUUAGAGCUGGACAAAGGAACAGCACUGGCUCAUCGCACAAACUUGCAUUUAUUUAUGUAUAUUAUUAAAGCCAAUAUAUUGUUAUUUUUAAUGAAAGAACUGAGAGAUAUUUGACUGCGCUGCCAAUAGAAUAGAUUAUAAAUAAAUAUAUAUAUAUUUUUCUUUUCUUCUUGCCUACUUAAGGUUCCAAGAUUGUAUUUAGGUCACAGCGAUAGCACAUAUUCUACUUAUUGGACGGACUGGAUCCUAGCACGUUGUAAUAAUCGUUGAAUUUGACCUUGCCAUGGAACAGUUGAUGAAAGUAAGUAGGACUGAGGCACAUACUUUUCAGGUUAUACUGCUGAUGAUGGAUUAAACGUAAGCUCUAAUUUCAUAUUCUUGAUAGUGCGUUUCUUUAAUUUAACAUGUUUAUUUUUGGUUUAUAUGCCUUUUACAAGUAAACCACUUGGAGAGCCACUUUAAUAAAAGAGAUCUUGUAAAUACAUGUAAUAGGUAUUAACUAGACUGGAUUUUCAUGCUUCAGGGAAGCCAUUUAUUCAUUUUAUCAAUAUGAUUUUCUCCAAUGCCCUGUGGAUCACUGCUGUAUAAAAUAAAGAUGUUUUAUUUCUGGA